AUGACGGUUUAUGAACUGCAGCAGAUAAACUCCACAGUGCGGGAGCCAAGCACUGUCGAAACAGAUGAGCGAGGCGGCAGGGAGCGAAAGUCCGACAGAAAGCGGCUGCUUGCCCUGGUUGGCUCGGCGGUCGCCCAAUUACCAAUAUGGGGUACUCCACACCAAUACUCACAGUCCAACGCACUGACGAUGAUAGGCUUUGCUAUGAGUUAUGGUGUGCUACAAGAGUACUACUUCGAUCACUGGACCUUGGACGGUGCUCGUGAACUCACUGGAAUCAUCGGCACAACUUCGAAUGGUGUCAUGUACCUCUCUAUGCUCGUCCUGUUCGCUCUCUUCACAAAGCGCUGGGCACGUUAUCGCCAAAGCGCAGCCAUGUGCGGAGCUCUUGUUGCGUGCGCAAGCUUCAUUUUGUCGUCGCGGAGCCAACACGUGUGGCAUCUCAUUGCUACACAAGGGAUCCUUGCUGCCUUAGGCUGCGCUCUUGUUUACAGCCCCCUGACGCUCACCCUCGGCGAGUGGUUUGCUCUCGAUAAUCGCAUAUGCAAUCGCGCUGUUGCAUUCGGCAUCUGCCUCUCCAGCAAGAAUGUAGUUGGAUCCGUAUGUCCCUUUAUGUUCCGUGGACUGCUUGAUAGAUACGACUUCCGCACUGCUUUAGUCAUAUGGGCAGCUGUUAUGGUCUCGACUGGCACUCUGUCCAUCCUGAUGAUACAAACUCCGCAGGCAAGUCUGGUCUCAGGCACAACGCGCGGUCGAAAGAUUCCGUGGCAGUUUCUUAAGCAUCGAACCUUCUGGAUCUACAGUAUUGCUACGCUGCUCCAAAGCGCCGGUUAUGGAAUCCCGCAAACCUAUUUGAGUGAAUAUGCUCGGAACGUCUCGGCGCUCUCGCCAACGUUCUCGACCCUCCUCAUAACAUUGAUAAAUAUCCCUGGUAUAUGCUCUUCCACUUUUUUCGGCUUUUUGAGCGAUAACAAGCACUUUCGCCUCUCUGCACCGACAGUAACAGCCGUUUCCGCCAUUAGCUCAGCGCUAGCCGUAUUCUUGUUCUGGGGCUUCGCAGAAAAAGGUAGCAUCGCUUUGCUUGUCCUGUUCGCUAUCACAUUUGGCUUCUUUGCUAGCGCAUAUAGCGCUACAUGGGGCGGCGUAAUGAAUGAUAUGGAGAACGAUGCCGCGAGACGAAACGAGGCAGUGGACAGUGGCGUGCUUUAUGGUCUGCUCAACGGUGCACGUGGGAUUGGCUACGUCAGCGGUGGGCUCUUGAGUGUGCCGUUGAUCAAAGCUGGUGGUGCACAUCCAACAGGCCAUUUCGGAUAUUCAACGACAUACGGGCCUCUCAUCAUGUUCACUGGACUUUCCUUGGCGUUUGGUGGAUGGGGUCUUGCUUUCACUCCGAAGUGGAAGAGUCUGCUCCAUUUGCGUUAG